AGGGUAUAAUCAGUUGUUUGAUGCGGGGAGAUAUAUAAAAGAUAGACGCCGUGUGUAGCUGUUGUGUGGAAGCUGUAUAUUACAGCUUUCACGAUAAACCAAAUCACCUCUACUUCAGGACGCACAUCAAGAUCUCCCAAUGGCGACCAUCGAUGCCCAGGAGCUCAGAGAAAGCAUCGGACGCUUUCGAGUUCUGAUCGUAGGGAGAGCAAACGCAGGCAAAACAACCAUUCUUCAGAAGGUUUGCAACACCACAGAUCAACCAGAAGUUUACGAUGCCAAAGGAAACAAGAUCGAUGCUGGCGUCGUGGAAGCCUCGAUCAAGCGCGGAAAUCACGACAUCACGAACGAGAUGGUGUUUAAAAGUAAUUCCGGUUUCGUCUUUCACGACUCGUGCGGUUUCGAAGCGGGAUCCGAAGAAGAAUUCGAGAGCAUGAAGAGAUUUAUCUCAGAGCGCGUACAUGCGACAAAACUGGAGGAGAGAAUCCAUGCUAUCUGGUAUUGUAUUCCAAUGGACGAAUGCUGUCGAACAUUCCAGCGGUCGGAGGAGAAGUUCUUCCUUGAGUGCGACACCGGGCACGUUCCCGUGAUCACGGUGUUCACCAAGUUCGAAGCUCUCCGUCCAGUAGCGUAUGGAGAAAUCAAGAAGGAAAUAAAAGGUGUAUCUGCAGAAGAACGCUCAGAAAGGAUAGCCCAACGCGUUGAAGAACUGUUCACUAAGACAGGUGUUUGUGAUCGGUUGUGUGACCCUGAAAACCGCACGCGUCCUAAGUUUCAUGUGCGCUUGGAGAAUAUGAACAAGCCGAAUACAAACUGCAACACUCUACUGGAACGCACGACUUUCGCGUUGGACAACGACGAAUUGCGAUUGUGCUUGGUGUCAACACAACAAUCAAACUUGGAGCUUUGCAUCAAGUGUGCCGUCGUAACACUCGUUGAUCGCGCACAUCAGCAAUCUGUGCUACGUCAGGUCGAUUAUGAAGUCAAUCAAUAUGCCAUUGCUAAGUGGUUUGCACAUCUCCAAGUAAGACGAGGAUUCAUUCAAUCUAACAAUACCCUGGUAAUGGUGCUCAUAAAUGGAAGUCAGUGUCUUGAUUGUCUCUGAUCCUCGUCCCGUGCUCAUGAUCCGCAUCCCUCGCUGCUGCUCGCCUGUUGGCAGGAAUGGGUAAGUGCCUUGAUUGUUUCUAGUCCUUGAC